AUGCCUGUGUCUCUGGUUUCCAAUGUCGUGUCUCAGCUUACCAACCUUCUCGUACAAGAAGCUGCUUUCUUGCGUGGUGUGAACAAUCAGAUCAAAUGUGUGGAAACAGAACUCCGUCUAUUGCAAGAUUUCCUCAAAGAUGCAGACGCCGGAAGGAAGAGAGGAGAUGAAAGAAUGGAGAGCUGGAUACGUGAGAUAAGAGAGGUGGCAUAUGAAGUGGAAGACAUCAUAGACAGGGUCAAGUUCAUGGCUGAGAGGCAACGUCAGAGAGGCUUCAUGGACACUAUUUCGAGACAGAUCGAUUGGGUGAAAACACAACUCCAGCAGUUGCAAGGUUUCCUCAAAGAUGCAGAUUCAAGAAGGAAGAGAGGAGAUGCAACAAUGGAGAGCUGGAUUACGCAGAUGAGAGGUGUAGCAAAUGAAAUGGAAGACUACCAGAAUGAGCAGAUAAAGAUCAAGAUCGAGAGUAUUUCCGAUAGCACAGUAAGGUAUAACCUUGUCAAUCCAGGUCAAAGUAGCGCAGUGGAUGAAAGUUGGCAAUCACUCAGAGAAUCCUCUCCUCACUCUGAUGAUGAUGACACUGAUGUUGUAGGCUUCGAGAAUGAUAAGAAAAAAUUAGUGAGUCGACUGCUUGAUGAGAAUGAGAAAGCACGACGUGUAAUUUCUAUAGUGGGUAUGGGUGGCCUAGGCAAGACCACCCUUGCAAGAAAAGUAUAUAAUGACCCUGCAAUUAGAGAACAUUUUGAUACCUUCGCUUGGGUUUCAGUUUCUCAGAGCUACCGAGGUAUCGAGCUAGUGAAGGACAUCAUGAAAAAAGUAAUGGGAAUCAAACAGAGGAAAGGAGACUUAGCGCAGCAGAUGGGUGAAGAAGACGUGAGACAGAUGCUCCGUGAUUUCCUAAGAGACAAAAUGUAUUUGGUCGUGAUGGAUGAUGUAUGGAGAGUUGAUGUUUGGAGAGAAAUGCAGCGAGUCUUUCCUGAUGAGAACAGAGGCAGCAGAAUACUGCUUACUACACGUAACAUUGAGGUUGCAAAAGAUGCCGAGCCAUGGAUUCCUCCACAUGAACUGCACCUUUUAGACGACACAGAGAGCUGGAAACUCUUUCGUAGGAAGGCAUUGCCACCAAAUCAAGAUGUCCCAGCUGAGUUGGAGGCAUUGGCCCAGAAGCUUGCAAAGAAGUGUGGUGGACUUCCUCUUGCACUGGUGGUGUUAGGGGGCCUUCUGUCGAGGAAAGAUCCUAGCUACGAUACAUGGUUGAAAGUAGCUCAGAGCAUGAACUGGGUAUCUACUAGAGAUGGGAAGGAAUGCCACAAUAUAUUGGGUUUAAGCUACAGCGACUUGCCAUAUCCGUUAAAACCAUGUUUUCUAUACAUUGCUGCGUUUCCAGAGGACUCCAUUAUCUCUGUUUCCACAUUAGUUAGGUUGUGGGUGGCCGAAGGUUUCAUACUGCAAGAGCAGCGACAGACAAUGGAAGGCACGGCAAGGGAUUGGUUGGAUGAGUUGGUGCAGAGGUGCAUGAUCCAAGUUGUCGAGAGAAGCAUGUCUCGUGGGCUGGUUAAGAGCAUAUGCAUCCAUGAUCUGUUACGCGACUUUGGCCUUGAAGAUGCCAAAAAAGAUGAAUUUCUUCAUGUUUGCAGCAGUGAGGACGUGGGAGUAUCUGAUCGUAUAUCAAGUCAUCGUGCAGCUUUCUACAAUCGUAUAAAUGAUGAGGCUGCUGUUUUCUCACGGCAUCUCCGCACUUUGCUGGGCUUCAGUUUAAGUUUGACUAGUGGGGGAAGAUUUUUGAAUGGGUUAAACUUAGUAAGGGUGUUGGAUCUAGAGGGCACAAGAGAUUUGAAGGAGUUACCAGAACAGAUCGGCAGGAUGAUUCAUCUACGAUACCUGGGAUUGGGAAGGACCGGUUUGAAGAGACUGCCAUCCUCCAUCCGACAUCUCCUGAAUCUGCAGACUUUGGAUGUGAGACAUACACGCAUUUACUGGCUUCCGAAAUCAUUUUGGAAAAUCCGGUCAUUGAGGCAUGUAUAUAUUAAUACAUAUAUGUUUCUAAGCGCACUGAUGAGUGGUGAACGCAAGAACUUGCAGACUCUGGAAAUUGAGGAGUUUGAGUUUCAUAUGGAAGAUAUGGAUAUUGUCCGUUUAUUGGGCAUAAGAUUCAUAAAAAAAUGGGCUACUACACCAGACUUCACCAGGGAGGCGAUUGAUAAAGCAUGUGACACAAUGUUUGCAGAAUCACUUGGAAAAGCGCUCGAGAAAAUGGACAGCCUCGUCUCCUUCACUCUGAGUUUGCCCGGACGUAUAAUCCCUGGGGACGUCCUUUUUGCUCGGGCACCAAAAUUGCACCAGGUCCGUUCAUUGACACUGCAUGGACGGUUGUUACUCAAACAACAGCAGCAGCUCCUAGACAGCAGUCAACUCCCACUAAACCUCACCAAGCUCAAAUUAUCUUAUUCUCUUUUGGAGCAAGACCCAAUGCCGGCACUAGAGAAGCUGUCAAAUCUUAGGUUUCUCCAACUGUUAUUACGUGCAUACGUAGGGAAGAGCAUGUUGUGUUCUACUGGUGGCUUUCCUCGGUUGCGAUACUUAAUAUUAUUUGAUCUCCAAAAUUUAGAGGAAUGGAGAGUGGAGGUUGGGGCAAUGCCCAACCUUACCCACUUAACUAUCAAUUGGUGCCCGAAAUUGAAGAUGCUUCCCAAGGGAUUGCAGCAGGUGACCACACUUCGAGAACUGAAGCUGAUUCAAAUGCCCCGUUACUUCAAUGACAAGGUCAGAAAUGAGGUUCGGCACAUCCCCUCCAUUAUUUUUCAAGAUGAAAUUGAUCAGAGAUAAUAUCAGCAGUGCCUGGUGAUUACUUUAAUUGGCAUUAGCUGAAGUGAUGAUCCAGUCAAUAAGGUUUUCUGCCUUUCUUUAAUAUAUACAAAGCAAUACUUCUAGCUAUUUCUUAUGGAACCAUAGAACUCUUGAUUGUAUUAGUUCUUAUUUUUCAUUUCCACGUCAUAUGUUUCUUUAUAUUUGAUGGAAUUGUUAAUUUUCUGUAAUGUAUUUGAUAAUGCUUUUCACACAUGAACUUCUAUUUCGACUUGCAAAUAUUUGGCGAUGUAUGUUAUAUUCUGAUGCAAUCUUCUUUUC